AAACCCUUACGCUUUAAUUAGUGCGUAGUCUCAAUCGAUCUCAACGUUGAGCGAGUCGGCGCUGCGCAAAUACACUCGCAGGUAAGGUCGGAUGCAGUGGGAACGGGAAGCGCAUUGUUGACAGGUGGACGGAAAUAUUUGGCCGAAAGCUUGAAGGAGAAAUGGAUGUAAAUAAAACGGUGCUGUGCGAGAGCCUUAUUAUCUGGCUGCAGACCUUCAAGACCGCAGCACCAUGUAAGACAGUGGAUGAUCUGACCUCAGGAGCUGCCAUGUCUCAGGCACUAAACCAGAUAGAUUCUUCAUGGUUCAAUGAGAACUGGUUGGCACGUAUUAAAGAGGAUGUUGCAGAUAAUGUUAGACUCAAGAUGAACAACCUCAAAAAGAUACUUCAAAUGAUGGUUGACUAUUAUAAUGAGGUUUUGAGCCAGCAGGUCAAAGAUUUCCCUAUGCCUGACCUGAUGCGAGUGGUAGAGCAUUCUGAUCAAAUAGAGUUAGGGCGCCUCCUUCAGCUCAUCCUGGGGUGUGCAGUCAAUUGUGACAGAAAACAAGAGUAUAUACAGAUAAUCAUGACCCUGGAGGAAUCUGUACAGCAUGUGGUGAUGACUGCCAUCCAGGAGCUUAUGAGCAAGGAGACCAUGCCACACUUAGGAACAGAACCUUUUGGAGACGUUGAACAUCAGUUAAAGAAAGCUUUGGAAGGUUUGGCUGAGGUCAUGUUGCAGAAAGACGAGCUCGCCCAGCGCUGUCAGGAGCUCGACAUGCAGGUGACAGCGCUGCAGGAGGAUAGAAACGGUCUUCUGGCAGAAAUUGACCUCAUGACUGAUCAAGCCAAUCAGCUUGAUACAUGCGAUGACCCCAGCACCCCCUCAGGCAGGAAGCAUAGCCAACUACAGCUCCAGUUAGAGCAGAUUCAGGAAGAGAACUUCAGACUGGAGACAGCUAAAGACGAUUACCGAAUUCACUGUGAAGAACUAGAGAAACAACUAGUGGAGCUUCAGCAUCGCAAUGAUGAACUGACCAGCUUGGCCGAGGAGUCCCGAGCACUUAAAGACGAAUUAGAUGUAUUGAGGAAUUGCUCUGAUCGGGCAGUGAAGCUAGAGGCUUCUGUCGAGACAUACAGGAAAAAGUUAGAAGAUCUGAGUGUCCUUAGGCGGCAGGUGAAAGCUCUGGAGGAGAAGAAUAUGACCUACAUGCACAAUACGGUCAGCCUGGAAGAGGAGCUACGCAAGGCCAAUGCUGCGAGAGCUCAGUUGGAAACGUACAAGAGACAGGUGCAGGAGCUCCAUAAGAAAAUGUCGGAGGAAUCCCGCAGGGCUGAUAACCUGGCCUUCGAGAUGAAGAAGUUUCAGGAAAAAUUUGACACUGUACUUAAGGAGAAAGAGAGAAUCAGUAUUGAGCGGGACACACUCAGAGAGAUCAAUGAGGAGCUCCGAUGUACACAAGCACAACAAGACCAGCUUUUACAAGCAGAAAAAUAUCAAACAGGAAGUCCAACCCAUGAUACCCUGGCAGCUGAGAUGUUGCCAAUUGAAUACAGGGAGAAGUUCAUCCGACUGCAUCAUGAGAAUAAGAUGUUGCGACUGCAGCAGGAAGAGUCUGAGAACGAACGCAUAACUGAGCUGCAGGAACAGCUGGAGGUGUCCCGGCGGGCACGCAGUGAAGUAGACACAGAGAACAGGUUAAACAAAGAAAGAAUCAGUGAGCUCCAGCAGCAAGUGGAGGAUUUGCAAAAGGCCUUACAGACACAAGGAGCCAAACCUGAUGAUUCUCAUCUGAAGAGAAAGCUGGAUGCUCAUAUGGUGAAACUUAAUGAGGCACAAGAUGAAAUAAUGAAGAAAAAGGAGUGGUUGGAAGACCUUCAGCCAGAGGCAACUCAAACCAAUGUGAAGCUGGAUGAGCUGGUGGCAGCACUGAAGAAGAAAGAUGAGGACAUGAAGGCGAUGGAGAACCGAUACAAGAUGUACCUGGAGAAAGCUCGUGAUGUGAUUCGAGCUCUUGAUCCCAAACUAAACCCCGCCUCAGCUGAGAUUCAGUCGCUGAAAAUCCUGUUGUCUGAGAAGGAGAAGAAGAUCAUUGCUCUGGAGCGUGAGUGUGAACAGGCCAAACUGAGAGAAUAUGAGGAGAAGUUAAUAGUGACAGCUUGGUAUAAUAAGAGUUUGACCUUCCAGAAGAUGGCAAUCGAGUCACGGCUUAGUGGCCGGUCCAACUCUCUAGUGCCGCCCGGCCAGUCUUUUCUGGCUCAGCAACGUCAGGUGACCAACGCUCGACGUAACACGUCCUUCAACGUUCCUGCAACGUCUUCCAAGUAACGUCGUCUUGAAUACCCCCCAACCUCCCACUCUUUUCCUUCUUUCCCUCACGUGCACACUUAAGUGACCUUAUGUACACUUCGGAUCAUGGGGAAAAGCAUGCCUUUAUGGAAUAUUGGCAUGUCCCCGUGUUCCCUAUCUACAGUUAAACGUGUAUUAAAAUCAAAGGAAUUCUUCUGCGAUGAACUCAAUCAGCAUACAAAUAAUGUGCAGUAGCACUCUUUAUUCAUCUUUAGGAACAAGCACUCCAACCUGAAACAGUCUGCAGCAAAAAUCAGCCCGAUUUGAAGGGCUUUGCAAAGUCACAGGUCAAUCUUUUGUCAGGCUAUUCUGACUGCACAAAAUGCAUUAAAUGCAAGUAUUGGUAGCAUGUAUGCUUUCGCUUAAACUGACUUCCAGCGGUUCACUAUGCAGUUAUGAAAGACGUUUGUAUUUGCAUUAUUGUAGGUAUGUGCAGAAUACAACUUGUGACAAAAGUAUAUCAGACCUAACUUAUCCAAAUCCACCCAAGCAUGUCAAUCGGCCACAAAACUAAUUGUAAGCAAUGGUUCAGAAUAAAAUGAUUUGGUGCUGGACACCAUUUUUUGUUUAUUUCCUCCAAAUAUGUCUUUUUCUCAAAACAACGACAUAAAUUAAAUACAUUUGUAUACAUCAAAAAUAGAAAUGUAUGUGACUGAUUAAGCUAAAGUCCAGGUGCUUCUUUGAAGCUUUGGUCAGUUAUAAUAUUUUAUAUUCAGUUGAGUGUGAUCAGACUCUUGCAUGCUCUUUUAAUAAGCAGAAGGGCCUUUUUUUUAUUUAAUGUGUAAAAACAUCUGAUAUCAGGAUUUUAACACCAGCACGUUAUCGAGCUGUCUCCGCUUGAGCAAAAAAUGCUAUUGACAGCUUCAAUGAUCUUGUACGCCAUUGGCCUGUUUUGGCUUUUAUCUUAAAAAUACAUGUAAAACUUGUGACACAUAGUUUCACAGUACAUUUAAAAUGGCUUCGCUGUAUACCGUAAAUGUCCGCCCCUGCUUAGGUUAACCUGACUGAACUGUUUGCUAAUAGUCUAGGUAUUGUGUUCAGAAGAAAACGCGUUGUUUCUGUUGGAAGAUAUUAGUUCUUUGUUCUAUCAAACUGUUUUAAAUAGUAAAGUGAAUCAUUGCAUUGCUUUCCUGGUGUUUUAUUCAGAUUUUGGCCUGUGAUGGGUUAAAGCUACAGUAAAUGCUAAUUUCUUGAAAUGCUAAUAUUUGUGUAUGAUGUGUUUCAAAGGAAUUUGUGUACUCAAUUUUAUGAGCACUAUCAUUGUUUGUGAGAUGUGAUUAUUACGAAACGAUUGAUAUGGUAUUAAAAUGAUAUUUGGGGAUAAAGUGCACAGGCAGCCUUUAUUUACAUGUAAUGAAAUAAAUAAUCACUUAAGUUUGUUUUGCA